GCGGCGGGCGCACAUGGCCAGGAUCGGUGUUUCCUGCCUGUCGUGGCGCUCGGCGGGACCGUGCCCGGGGCCGCGGCAGCGCCCGGUGGCGCUGGGGUUCGCCCUGCUCCUGGGGCUUUUGCUGUUGCUGGCGGGCGCCGUGCCCCGCCGCUGGGCCGCGCCGCCCCGCGGCGCCCGGCGGGACGAGAGGUACCUGGCGCGGGCGGAGGAGCUGACGGCCACCGACACCGAGGACUCGGCCCUUAGCUACGGCGUGGUGGUGGACUGCGGGAGCAGCGGAUCCCGUGUCUUCGUCUACUUCUGGCCCCCGCACAACGGGAACCCGCACGACCUGCUGGACAUCAAGCAGAUGAGGGACAGGAGCAGCCGCCCCGUCGUCAAGAAGAUUAAACCGGGCAUCUCCGUGACCGCGGCGGCCCCCGAGCGGGCCACCCCCUACCUGCGCCCGCUCCUCCGGUUCGCGGCCGCCCACGUCCCGGCCCAGAAGCACAAGGAAACGCCGCUGUACAUCCUGUGCACGGCGGGCAUGCGGCUGCUGCCUGAGCGGCAGCAAGCUGCAAUCCUGGAGGACUUGGUGAGAAACGUGCCCCUGGAGUUUGAUUUCCUCUUCUCCAAAUCACACGCAGAAGUAAUCUCAGGGAAACAGGAAGGUGUCUAUGCUUGGAUUGGCAUCAACUUUGUCCUGGGACGGUUUGAUCACGAGGAUGAGGAGGAUGCAAUGGUCACUGUGGCACUGGGGGACCAGGGGAAGUCCCUGGUUCGGAAACGAACAGUUGGGAUCCUGGACAUGGGAGGGGCCUCCCUGCAGAUCGCCUACGAAGUGCCCGACUCCGGAGCUGUCUCCUCCUCUCAGCAGGAGGAAGCUGUUAAGAGCUUGCUGGCAGAAUUCAACCUGGGCUGUGAUGUGCAGCACACUGGCCACGUGUACCGUGUCUACGUCAACACCUUCCUGGGCUUUGGGGGCAAUUUUGCCCGGCAGCGCUACGAGGAGCUGGUGCUGAACCAAACCUAUGUGCACAACCGCCUGCACAGCCAGCAGACAGGGCUGAGCCCCAAGAUGCCCUUCCUGGACCCCUGCCUACCUGUGGGACUGGAGGACACGGUGACAAGGGGUGGCCAAACCCUGUACGUGCGGGGACGAGGGGACUGGCAGGCCUGUGCAAAGCUGCUGCAGCCCCUCCUGGCAGGGUCCAACAGCAGCCAGGACUCCCUGCUGGGGGCCUACAAAGCACCCAUCGACUUCAGCAACAGCGAGUUUUAUGGAUUCUCUGAGUUCUUCUACUGCACCGAGGACGUGCUGCGCCUGGGGGGUCAAUACAGUGCCCCCACCUUCACCUCCGCUGCCCAGGAGUACUGCAGCCAGCGGUGGGAGGUGCUGACCCAGCGUUUCCGUGGUGGCCUCUACUCGGCACAUGCUGACCAGCACCGGCUGAAGUAUCAGUGCUUCAAAUCAGCCUGGAUGUACCAAGUCCUUCACGAGGGCUUCCAGUUCCCACUGGACUACCCGAGCCUGCGCACGGCCCAGCUGGUGUACGACCGGGAGGUGCAGUGGACACUGGGAGCCAUCCUCUACAAGACAAGAUUUCUGCCACUCAGGGAUCUCCGUCAGGAGAGCAUCCGGCAAGCACAUGCCUCCUGGCUGCGCCUCUCUUUCGUCUACAACCACUAUCUCUUCUUUGCCUGCAUCCUGGUGGUAGUACUGGCCAUCGUCCUCUACCUCCUGCGGCUGCGCCGCAUCCACCGCCGGCAGCUGCGCAUGGCCCAGCACACCCUGCUCUGGCUGGACAAGGUGGUGGUGCCUCUGGGACAGGGAAAUGUGCCAUGACACCGGUGGUACCCACCAUCCAGUUGCACCAGCAGAACCAGGACUGGCUGACAACCUGGGCUCCGAGGGCUUGGACUCUUUCUUGAAGACCAUCUCAACUCUGCACUCAAUCAUCUCCACAUCAGAACCAGAGCCUGUGGGCUGAGGCACCUAUGGAUGCUGGAGCUUUCCUCUCCACCUUGCCCCAGUCCUAAUCUUUGUAUUCCUUGCCCUCUGGCCUGUGUCUCACUAUAUGGUGUGGAGCAAAGUCCUCUGCUGCCAGCGGGCUCAAGGCUGCAGCCCUGGCAGGUCCCUCAGAUAACAGGACGCUAUCACUGAGGCAGCCAACCUAGGACUGUGGCCUGAAGCACUGGGCCACCCCAUGACUCAGCCACUAGUUUGCAGAGCAACCUGGUGAGGUGCUGUGGUUCAUCACGUGGGGUGGCCUUUCUGCAGGCCCUGACAAGCACACAGGCUGGAGAACAGCAGUCACUAGCAAAGUUACUGCAGGAACCAGGUGAUCAGGAAUGAGUUCCACCAGGCUGCUCUGCCCAGCCUGGCCCCUCUUUGAGUAUUCCUGAAAAGGUAUCGUGCCCUUUGCCAUGUCUUACCCUCCUAGGACAAUCCUCCUACCAGCAUCCCAGACUUGGCCCUGAGGGGUGACCAAUUGGUUCCUAAGGCACCACCAAAGUUGGCAGCCAUUCCUUUCAUACAUUCCCUCCAGGGCACAUCUGCCCCGUGGAGUCCCACACAUUAACUGGGCACUAGUGCGAGAACCUGUGGUUCUGUCCCCCCCUGAGCGCAGGCUGGGCCUGCCCACGGGAGAACCACCCCCAGUCCAGCUCAGAGCCCCAGGACACGUCCAGGCUGUAGCUGUGCACAGAGGCACAAGGCUUCCUCCCCUGGGGCUGGAGCCCACUGAUAGUCCAAUGAACUUUGUCACUUUUUACUUGAACUCAGCCGUUCCCAUUCCUGUAGCAAUAAACAACCCCCUUGAGCCAUCCAGCACUGGUCUUGUUUUCUAGGGAACAGCUCCCCAGCAGCACUUGCUCCUGGCUGGUGGAGUGGCUGGGGGGCUGCACAUCUGUGCUGGCAUGGCAGGAUGAUGGAACUCCUUUCCUGUUCCCUGUUAUCCGAGCAGGACUGCUGAGCUGGUAGCAGCAUGGAGAGCUCUGAUGCAAACCAAACUGUUGUGAUCCUUGGAGACAGCAUCCUUUGCUGCCCUCCUCCUAAGAGGAAAAGCCUGCUCACUCAGAGCUCCUGGAAGAUAUUGGUCCCUGUUUUUUACCUUAUUUCCCACCCCAGUCUCAUAGAGCUGCCUGGCAAAGAGGCCACUAAGCUGCUCCAGGCUGCUGAACAGGCAUGGAGAUGGAGCCAGCAUGGCUGCCUACUGUGAGAGGCUGGGCAGACAGCCGAUUCUCCCUCUGGCACAUACUGUGCCUACUUGUGACCCUGGUCCCACAGCAUGAGUGCACAGGUGCCACCAAGGAUAAAAUUUUCCAUGCACGUGUGCUGCCAACCUCCUGCUCAACAGCUGAGGAUCCCAGCCUUGUUCUCAUGCUGCAAGAGCAGUGUUAGGGGGGAAGGAAAGAUGUCUAAGUAAGGCCAAGACUGUUCCUCAGCCUCAAAGCAGCAAAUGACUCAGCCUCCAACAUCACUUACUAGAAAAAGGAUUUAUUUCCACAACACAAAUUGAACACAGACAAAUAAAUAAAUAAAUACAGAUAAAUUAUCUCAUAAAUAAGGGGAAACCUAAAACACAA